UUUGUUUUAAAGCGCCCUCUUUGAAGCAAUGGCUCAAAUCAUGUUGAAACUUUCAGCUUUCUGCUUUGCAAAGUAUUAUGAAAUGCGCAACAUUUUGCACAACAGAAAAUUUUGUCUGAAAAUGUGUGAUGCGAAAAUAAAUGGAAAAGUGAAUGGGUUAGAUGGAAAAACACCGUUUUUGAUCGGUGUUUCAGGUGGUACCGCUAGUGGCAAGAGUACCGUUUGUAAACGUAUUAUGGAAAAAUUAGGACAGGUGGAUGUUGACCACACACAGAGACAAGUUGUUUGCAUUUCCCAGGAUAGUUUUUAUAGAGAUUUAACCCCGAGUGAGAUACAAAAGGCUGAAAAAGGGUUGUUUAAUUUCGAUCAUCCUGACGCUUUCAACGAGAGUUUAAUGAAAGAGACUUUGAUGGAUAUUUUAGCAGGAAAAAUUGUGCAAAUUCCGACAUAUGACUACAAGAAUCAUUCCUUGCGCAAAGAUGAAAUUAUUACGAUUUAUCCUGCAGAUGUUGUAUUGUUUGAAGGAAUUUUGGUGUUUUAUUUUCCUGAAGUUAGGAAGUUAUUCCACAUGAAGUUGUUUGUGGACACUGAUUCUGAUACAAGAUUGGCUAGAAGAGUUCCAAGAGAUAUUAACGAACGUGGACGAGAUCUUGAGCAGGUUUUGUGCCAAUAUAUGAAUUUUGUAAAACCCGCAUUUGAGGAGUUUUGCUCACCGACGAAAAAGUUUGCUGAUGUUAUAAUUCCUCGCGGGGCGGAUAAUACCGUGGCCAUCGAUUUAAUUGUGCAACAUAUCAGAGAAAUUUUGAGUAACAGACUAAGGGCAUCUGAAGAAAGAAUUGUUGAAGUAGCUGCAGCUGCAGUAAAUCUGACACCGGUGCAUUCACCAGCUAAAAAAGUCAAUUCUGGAGGAGAUGGUCAAUUUAAAAGACCUCAUUAAUAACAGUUUUUAACUAAAUUCUUGCCUCUAAACACCUAUUAUGUAAAUAGUUAUGCUUUAUUUUGGUUGAAUUUAAAAAACCAAAGUUGUAGAAUUAUUAGGUUUAGAAAUAAUCAUUUGUGCCAUUUUAUUGAUGAUUCUAUGCACAGCAAAUACUCGUUUUUACAGGGUUUUUAAUUGUGUUAAAGGUUGUGAAAUAUGUUUGUACUUAAAUAAAUUUAUAAUUUUUUUGUGUGAUAUAAUACCAAAACGUCUAUUUGAUUUUUAUGUAAUUACUAUUUAAUAAAACAGUUUUAUUCUUAAC